UUGAGCGGCACAUCCAAGUUCCCAGCGAGUUCGAGGAGGACGAAGGCGUCGAGGAGAAUGCGACAAAGCCCGAUCCGGACGACCUCGUCGCGGAAAGCAGCGACUUGGGGAUUGGGGGCACCACUGGAACUGGUACGGGAGAUCCGACUUCUAGCAGCACAUAUCCACGUGCAAAAGUAUCACGCUGGUACUAAUCGCAAUCACGCAUGACAAGAGCGGUGCUAAUCGCAAUCAUGCAUGACAAGUUUUGCUUUUCUUCCUCGGAAAAUUUGUCAUGCGAUUAAACUAGUACGGGAUGCUUUUGCAAUGCAUAGUGCCGCAACCGCAACCAUUUCCACAGACGAGGACGAGGCAGAGCAGGAAGAACAGCUCGAACAAUCCGUCACGAAAAAUGCGCACGCGAAAGCGCGUCUGAAGAAGCACCAACUGGCGCUCCAGGAAAAAGCGGCGGAGGAGGCUGCGACGCAGAAGGCGG